ACCGUCAGCUCUGUCCUCCACCGCCGCCUAGCACAACCUCCAUCGGCCCGCAGCAGGCUCAAGCGCCCAUGGCGGUGUGCCAGUUCUUCCUGCGUGGCCAGUGCCGCUUCGGUGACUCGUGCAGGAACGAGCACCCACGCGGCAACCCGUCGACCGCCUUCGGCGCUCCCUCGGCCUUCGGCGCCACCUCAGCCUUUGGCUCCUCGGCCGCGCCAUCUGCAUUCGGCGCCGCAGCGCCAUCUGCCUUUGGCGCUGCCGCUCCCUCGGCCUUUGGAGGCGGCGCGCCGUCCGCCUUUGGCGGCAGCAGUGCGCCCUCUGCCUUUGGCCAGAGCACGGCCAACCGCGGCGCCUCGGCCUUCGGAAGCUUCGCCUCUGCAGCACCGCCGGCGACGUUUGGCGGCGCAGCAAGCCAGCCCCGUCCCUCAGCGUUCGGCGGCUCGGCCGCACCCACAUCCGCCUUUGGCAGCUCUGCUGCGCCCGCAUCUGCCUUCGGCAGCACGCCUCGCGGCGGCAACGCGACGCAGAGUAGCGCAGCGCCUCACACUCUGGGCUCGGGUCCAGCAUGGGCCGCCGGUCAGGUGGCACUCAAUGCCGACACGAUCUUCGAAGACGUGCGAGCUCAAGCGCUGCCCGUCUGGAGGCUCUCCUGCUACGGCCCGGCGCGCAAUGAGCCGAACCUGAAGGAUGGCGACUAUAGUCCGGAGGAGAUGCGUUGGAACGCAUUGCAGGCGCUGAAGGAGGGCAAAGGCGCUGAAUACGUCUCGCAAGAGCAACAGCUCGCGGCGAGCGCCCAGACUGCGUUCCAGACGCUUGCACAAGAUCGCAGCGCAGCGCUCAGACAGGCGGAGGCGAACCGGGCAAAAGCGCUGGGCAAAGACGCUCCGCCGGCUUCGCAGCCUGCUGGCGCCUCCGCUUUCGGUGCGAGCGCACCAUCAGCGUUCGGCGGGCAGGCUGCUCCAUCGGCUUUCGGAGCGCCAUCAGCGUUCGGUGCACCGUCUGCGUUCGGCGCUGCGAAGGCGCCAUCAGCGUUCGGCGGCGCUCCGGCUGCCUCAGGAGCGUCUGCGUUCGGCGGCACCUCGGCUCCGUCUGCCUUUGGCGGUACCGCUGCGCCGAGCGCCUUCGGCUCGACAUCAGCGUUCGGCGCACCAUCAGCAUUCGGUGCGGCAGCAAACAGCGGCGGCAGCGCAUUCGGAUCCACGAGCGCGUUCGGCGCCGCAGCGAAGCCGAGCGCCUUUGGCUCGUCCACCAGCGCUGCGCCAUCAGCAUUCGGCGCACCCUCUGCUUUCGGCGCUGCUGCUGCUCCGCAGGCCUCAGCGUUCGGCGCGCCCUCGGCCUUUGGAAACGCAGCCGCCACGAGCGGUAGUGCUUUCGGAGCCACAUCCGCAGCACCUGCCACAUCGACUGCUGCUCCUUCGGCCUUCGGUGCGCCGAGCGCCUUUGGCGCAGCUGCGAGCGGUGGGAGCGCCUUUGGCUCCACGAGUGCCUUUGGCGCUACAGCUGCUCCGAGCGCAUUUGGCAGCACCAGUGCAUUCGGCAGUCAAGCUCAGCCGCAAGGCACACCCGCAUUCGGCGCAAGCAGUACGCCAGCUUCAGCAUUCGGAGCUGCGGCGGCGCCUGCCCCGACUUCUGCCUUCGGCGGUGCCAGCGCCUUCGGCUCUCAGGCGACUUCUGCCUUUGGAGGCGGUGCCUUCGGAGGCGGCGCAGCCACGCAGAGCGCCUCGAUGCCAGCUGCAAAGCGCGGCGCAGACGCCUACGCCGACAGCGCACCCGCAGAGAAGGACGUGCCGCCGCCGAUCCUGGACCUCUUCAAAGCCGACAUCUUCGAGUGGGGCGCCGUGCCCGGCGUCGAGCCUCCACUCGCUGUCCGGUGACUGAUCGCAUUGUUCCGCUGCCUUCUCCAUCACUCUGUACAACACUAAUUGCAUGCUUCUCUCGU